GCUCACGUGGAGCGUGACUUGAGACAACAGGCUGGUUGCGUAGCGAACUGGCAUAGAUGAAAGUAAUGACAGAGAGACAGACUGUGGUCCAGUUACUGUUUAGUUUUGUUGAAUAAGCGGCGCGUGCCUCGAUUUGUCUACAGCUGCAUGUGAGUGUUGUAAAACGGGUGAUGAUAGUCCAGGGCUCUCUUUUGCCGUGCCUACGGCAUGUCAUGAAGUGGUCGGCUCAACUUCUCCUGCUGAUCCUUCUGGUCUGGAUGCUGCUCUUCUUUGCUGUAUAUUCCUACUUCACUGACUCCCAGGUGAACCUGCCCCAUAGGACGACUUCCGUCUUCAACUAUAAAUCUCAACAAUCAACCCAUGUUCAGCGUAGUCCCCGGGCCAUCAUGGCAUCCCAUAAUGCCCCCUGGGGUAUUUUUGCAGAGAAGAGUGGUCCUUUCCAGCACGUGUUUCAAACUCCUCGUGCUAUGAAAGAGUUUAAUUUCAGAAAUUUUGGCAAACGUCGGAAAGAGUUUAGGAAGAAUGUGAUAAAGCCUCCUGAUCCUGAAUUUUCCAACACCUGGUCGGUGGUCCGUGGUCUGUGGAAGGGACAGGUGUCCUCCAAAUUGCUAGGCCAACGACUGCAGCAAGCCAUAAAGAACUAUGUUAUCUCUAAUAAGUACAACGUUCUCUAUAAAGGCCAACGUAAAGCAAACAAGAGUAGGCAGGAGAUACUGUGUCAGAUAAAAGAGCAAGCUCAGCUGAGGACUCUGAAUAGCUCUGAACAACCCUUCGCUCACCUAGAAUUUCAACAGCUGGUUCCUCCUCAACUGCAGCAGGCAUACAGGACAUGUGCCGUGGUGACUUCGGCCGGGGCAAUUCUUAACUCGUUACUGGGGCAUGAAAUUGAUUCUCAUGAUGCAGUUCUGCGUUUUAAUGCUGCACCCUCCAAGGGCUACGAAAAAGAUGUGGGCAGCAAGACAACCAUUCGAAUUAUGAACUCUCAGAUUCUAGCAAACCCCAAACACAGAUUCAACAGCAGUUUGAUUUAUAAGAACAGCACCUUGGUAGCCUGGGAUCCGGCUUCUUAUAAAAUUGACCUGCAUAAGUGGUACCAGAAUCCAGAAUAUGACCUUUUUAAUCCAUACAUAACUCACAGGAAGACCUUCCCUGAGCAGCCCUUUUAUAUCCUGCAUCCUUCAUUUAUCUGGAAACUUUGGGAUAUUGUGCAAAGCAACACACUGGAAAACAUUCAACCCAACCCUCCUUCUUCAGGAUUUAUAGGUAUCGCCCUGAUGAUGAACCUUUGUGAGGAGGUCCAUGUGUACGAGUAUAUUCCUUCUAUGAGAAAAACUGAUCUGUGCCAUUACCAUGAGAAGUACUAUGAUGCAGCCUGCACUUUUGGAGCUUACCACCCUCUGCUUUAUGAGAAACUGCUUGUUAAGAAGAUGAGCACAGCUUCUGAGGAGGACCUCAAGAAAAAGGGAAAGGUCACACUGCCAGGAUUCAGCUUUCCCGCAGCCUGUCGGAUCCAAGCCGUAUCCAGAUCUGACGAAGAGCUUAGCGGUGCAGUGCUGAAGAGCCAACUAGCCUCUCCCUAUGGAGGAUCCCUUUCACUCUACAGAUAAAGCGUUGAGAAUUUCGUUUUGUGUACCUACCCCUAAGUGAUGAAAUAAAACAAAAUUCUGUAUCAAAUUUAUAGACAAGACAAGUAGUUUGUUCAGGCAUGGUUUUGUUGGGAAUUACAAACCUGCGCACAUAUAUUCAAAAACAGAUAACCAUAAAAUCAAUUCUUAAUGAGCAUGUGAACGCCAUCAGCGUUUAUCACAGGUUCUCGUUUAAACUCUGUAUAGAGACAUUCAUAUACAUUUUUAUCUUACAGUUAGUGUAAAUCAGGCCUCUAGUUCAUAAAAGCUAGAGGAGAACUCGCCCCCAGCUGAGCUUGGGUUCUCCCAAGGUUUU